UCGCUGUUGCAGCACUAGGCCAGCUUCCGCCCACCACACCUCCAUACAUCACAAUUGACUUAUACAUCCCCGCAGCCAAUCACUCUCUGCUCCCAUCGGGUCAAUCGACUCUCGAAUGGUGCCAUUGCGCUCAAGUGGAAUACUCCGACACGCCAAUUGCACCCUGAGUCAUCUUCCCACCACCACUACCCCGAGCCGACGGCGCCCUUCUCCAACCCUCCCCCAAGUUCAUCAUCCGCGCUUGGCUUCUUGUUGCGGUUAGGGCCUAGCCUCCAUAUCGCCUUUUCCCGCCUCGGACGACGAGUCUGACGCAUAACACCCGCCACUCGACCACCCAGACUACACCAUCAUCACACCAAGGCCGCAAACAAUGUCCAAGCCGGAGUUCCACGUGCGUCCGGGCACCUCAGCUGACCUGCCCGCCGUCGUCGACAUCUACGUCGCCUCCUUCGGCGGCGACUGGGCCGUCGAGAAGAUGCACCCCCGCUGCCGCGAGUUUCCCGACGACCUCCGCGCCUGGGCCCACCGCUACUUUUACGCCCGGUACUGGGGCCCCGAGCAGCAGAUCUUUCACGUCGUGGUCGUCCCGGACCCGACCGCGUCGCCCUCGGGCGAGCGCAUCGCCGCUUUCGCCUGGUGGCGCCGGCCGUACCCAACCCCCGAGGAGAAGUCGGCGGCCGAGGGCUGGCUCACCCUCCGCGGCUGGCUCAAGCCCGUCCUUCUGGCCGCCAACUCGCUCUCGGGCUACCUCUGGCCGUCGCGGUCCCUCGACCCGGCCAUGGCCGACAUGUUCGACGACACCCACGCCGCCACGGACCCGCUCAAGGACGACCCGGCGCACCCGCGGCGCAGGAACGCGUGGUACCUCUCCACGCUGGGCGCCCAUCCCGAAUUCCAGGGCAAGGGGUACGGCUCGCUGCUCGUGCGGGAGGGCCUGCGGCAGGCCGACACGGAGGACGUGUCGGCGUGGCUCAUCGGCCUCGCGGGCGUCGAGCCCUUUUACGAGAGGCUUGGCUUCGUCGUCAAGGGGCGGGCCAACGUCGGCAGGCUUGCCGAGUGGGACGGCGGCGCCAUCAUGUACCGGGAGUAGUAUACAGUCGGGAGUCAACCGCCCGGAAGGACUUCGAUGGCCUUUGUAGAGAAACCAGCACAGCGAGACGAAUAGACGGGCAGAAAU